AUGGGACCAGCAGUUAUAACACUUUUUGCUGCAUCAAUACUUUCUUUAAUAUCUGGAUAUAUUGUAUAUUCAUUACCAAAACUACCAGGAAUGUGGGUAUAUUGUUGGACAAUUACUAUUGUUAUGUGGACAAGUUGUUGGAGACAAAGAAAUGAAUUAUCUGAAAGUAUUCAAACAAAACAAUUAGUAUUAUAUUGGCAUAGAGAAAAUUCAUUAUCAACAUAUAUUUUUAUGUUCCUUGGAGUUUUAGCUUUAGGAAUGAGUGUUAUAAUGGGAAAUUCAAUUAUCACACUUUCAAUUGUCUGUGUAGGAUUAUUUUUUAUUUUGGGUAUUGCAGGUAUGUUAUUAAAUAAAAAAUUCAAAAUAUCUUUCUCAAUUAUCUUUACAACCCUCAUCCUUUUCUUUAUUUGUGUUUGUAUUAUCAUUGGAAUUUUAUUUAUUAUUCAACCUGAUUAUGCCUGUUCGUUUAAUGACUAUGGUAGUUCUUAUCUCUUAUCAGUUACUCUUAAUGAAACAAUACCAAAACAAGUCAUUUCAGAACUACCUUGGAAUUGUUGGUCAAGUUCUUUUGAAUUUAGUAGUCAAUUACCUCCAGGGUUUUAUGGUGUUUCAAAUUCUGAUACAUCAUCUCCUUAUAUAGAAGGUACUCCAAUUAAAAAUUUCCCAACAACAACAAUCAAUGUUUAUAUUACCUGUGUUAAUUUUGUUAAAUUUUAUUGUGCUUCUAUUACUUUUCAGACUUGUUCAAAUAGAACUUCUGAAAUUGAUUGUAAACAAAAUAACUGUCAAUGGAAUUCUUCUCUUUUAUAUUGUCAUUGA